AAUGAUUGUCAAGUGAACAACGUAAACAUAAAUCUUUGUAAAUUUUAUCACAAUAAAAUAGUCAUGACUAAUCGUAAUCCUAACACUCUCAUGAGUGUUCCAGAUGAACAAUUUGAUUAUUUAUUUAAAAUAGUUCUUAUCGGUGACUGUGGCACGGGUAAAACAUGUAUUGUGCAACGAUUGAAAUCCGGUAAUUUCAUAGAGAGACACGGUAAUACAAUAGGCGUAGACUUUUCAAUGAAAACUUUGAUAGUGGACGGAAAGAAGGUCAAGCUUCAGAUAUGGGACACUGCUGGACAGGAAAGAUUUAGAACGAUAACACAAAGUUAUUAUCGGUCUGCGAAUGGAGUAAUUAUAGUGUAUGAUAUUACUAAGAGGUCAACAUUUCUAUCCUUGCAAAAGUGGAUUGAAGAAGUUAGAAGAUACACAUCAUCCAAUGUUAUAGUUUCAUUAAUUGGAAACAAGUGUGAUUUGACUGAUCAACGUGAAGUUGAGCCAGAUGAACCAAAGUCAUUUUGUCGCUAUAUCCCUGAAAUUAUGUUUGUGAUGGAGACUUCAGCUAAAGAUAACACAAAUGUUGAGGAUACUUUUCGCAGUUUAGCAACUGAACUGAAGCGGCAACAUGAUAAUAGUGAAGGCCCACCAGCAGAAUCAGAUUCAGUUGUGCUUGGUGAAAGUCAUCCUGUAAGUAGGUGCCAGCCUUGUAGAUCUUCUUAGAUUAUAUAGUUUAAUAGACAAUAUGCCAUUUGUUCAUAAUUUUUUAUUAGCGGCCUGCAUAACACCAAAUAUAUUUUUAUUCUGCCAUUAAUUUUUGGCUAUGAUAAUAUAAAUAUUUGUCACAAAUCACUGGUUAAACUCUUUAUUACAAUGAAUUAUGUACCAAGUAUGGUGCUGUUAAAUAUAGGUGCUUAAAUGAAUCUCUAUUUUUGUCUAUAAUUUUGAUUAUGACUAAUGAAAAAUCACAUAUUUUUGUGACAAAAGUUCAUUUUAUUAAUUUAAUUGUUAUAAAAAAAAUCUUAAUCUUUUAAAUUUAUAUUAAAGUCUUGUCAAACAUAUGUGGUACUAAGAAAUGUAUCAUUAAAAAAAUAUGCCCAGUUAAAUUAAAAGAAUUAAAUAAAAAAACGUCGACCAAAAUAGGUAUCAAAAUAUUACAUCUGUUUUUUAUAAUAUAUGUAGCUUUGUCAGUAUAUUAAAUCAUAUUUAAAUGUAUCAUAAAUAUAUGCAAGGUUGUAGCAAAGAUUUUUGUGAGACAAGGUAAAAUCAAUCAUAGCUACCAAUCAACUAUACAUUUUAUUAAAUAAGACAAAGAAGUUAUUUUAUCUAUUACAAUACCAACUAGCAAUAACAAAUUAUAUAAACAAUCCUAACUCUGACACGCGUCAAUAACAAUACUAUUAUUAAUUUAAACAAUUGUAUCUAUUGUUGAAUGCAUCUUGUUUACUGUUGGAACACAAGGAAUUUAUAAA